AUGUCUCUAGCCUUGGAUGAACAGACCCUACAACAUGUGGCCAGUAAUAGCGAGAUGGACUAUGAAAAAUGGCCCGCCAUCAUCGAACCACUACUCCAGCGACUCAAUGAGAUUGUGUAUACGGAAUUCCCUAUGCCACGGCCAUAUCCCACAAUAAAUCGGCCGGCUCCUUCCUCACCGAGUCAAACACAGCCGACACAGAUGGGUGAUUCCAAUCCUAACCCGCAGACACCAUCGACACCUGUGCGGAAUCUACCUCCCGUCCCACCCUUCCCAACAUCGUCGGCGACUUCUACAAGCCAUGUGCCUGAUUCUCUCCCUCAAUCCCAAGAUGCCGAUGUCAGUGCGCUGAAUGAACUUCACGAAAUAUUACUGCAACUCCUCCAUAGCGUAACACAUACGCUUCGAUCCUCAUUUUCAGAAAGACCCCCUCAUACGAUACAACGGCUGGCAGAACUUAUUCUAUACCCUAGAAAACAUUACAAGACCCUCCCGGCCUGGUUACGAGCCGUCGAUCGAGUUGUCAGCGUCAGUAGUCCUGCGGAUAUUUUUCCGCUUUCCGACACUCCGCCCGUGGUCAAUGGUGUCAAUGGAGAUGGAGGAGGGGGAAUACUCUGGAACAACGGCGACGUGCGCCAUGGCUACGACAGCAAUUCAUUAGGCAGUGACGAAAGUCUAGGUGGCGCACUCCUGACUCCAAUACCGUGGUUACGAAAUGGAAUUAAUGGUGGCGAGGAUUCUGGUGAAGACACAGGCCCCCCAGACUCGAAUGCCAGCACCAGUACUGAGGGCUUGGACGACGCUCUCCUCCUGCCAAUGACACAGGGCGAUGGAGAUUCGCUAGUACCUGGAAGGGCAGAUGGCGCAGUUACCCAAGGCGAGUUGAUACGUAUGGAACAAGAGGCUGGUGUAGUGCCUGUGACCCGAAACCCUUCUGAUACACAUGUGAGUGGGACAAUGGAAGAGAAUUCCCUCGUCGAUGAAGGAGAUAUGGUACCUCACGCCCGCGGACCAGACCUCGUUGGAUCCGUGGAUAUGGGAAGAGUCGAUGGUCAAGACGUGGAAAUACAUAUUGGAAGUCCUCCAGGCGAAGUGGGAAACGAGUCUGUCAUUGAUGCAAGUGACGCGCAGGCAGUCGUUUCUGCACAAACUCGUACUUUGGGCUCUACGGCCAUAUCGUUGGGUGGACCUGGAUCAGCGGCGGAUUCGGACGACUUCGAAAUUGUGCUCAAGGACGCCGUUGAGGGCAGCGAUGUGGACGCCAUGCAAGUCGACGAGAGCGGGAAAGGCGACGAGAAGCAGCAGAAGCAACAGUGGCUUACCGAAGACGCCGACAUUGUUCUUGUGGACGCGGAUGGAAAGACUGACGACGAAGUCGAGACCAAGGCUGAGAACUCAGGUCAGACCAUUGGACCGGAUACCGUGGACACGAGCAGUGUGACUUGA